UCUUGACCUCCAAACUUUGAAAAUAAAGGCUUGUUUAAACUUUUUCCCUCAAAAAUAAGUAAAAUAGAGAGCAAAAGAUGGGCCGCCACCGUCCGAGAUUGCCGCUAUUCACGAUCGGCGACUUCGUUUUCGCCAAGGUGCGAGGAUAUCGUGCCUGGCCAGCCCGCAUCCUGGAUCGCGUCAGUUCCACGUCAUACAACGUGUACUUCUACGGCACUUGCAACCACGCCAAAGUGCCGCGCACCCAGAUCUGUGACUUCGAGAGGCAUGUGCGUCGAUUGGGCGUGGUGCGAGUCGGGGGCCACGCCUCCAAUCCCUCGUUCCGGGCCGCCAUGCACCACGCCCGCCAGGCAUUCGCUAAUCCGGAGCAGGACUUCGGCUUCUACCAGCAGUUGGCCUUGAACGAUGGCGACUGCGUCAAUGCCGAGGAUCUAAGGAUUGACUACAUGGUGGGCGACGAGGAUCAGGAGCAGCCCUCAAGGGAACAGCAUCCCGAAGAGCAGGUCUCAAUGGAUCAACUGGAGGAGCAGAACUCUGGCGAUCAGUUAGAGGAACAGCGUUCAGAGGGGUUCAACUCAAAGACCCAGGUGAAACAGCAAAAUUUAGAGGGGCUUGAUGGGCAGAACUGUGAGAUGACUCGGUUAACUGCUCUAAAUUCAAAGAAACUGGACACCAAUCAUCAACUGGAGGAGCUAGAACCAGAGGUGGAAAACUCUAAGAAGCAGAAGGAUCGUCCGCUGGUGCAACCCUCGAUGCCUGACCUAGAAGAACCGGAUGCAAAGGAGAUGCACACAGAGGAGCAGCUCGAGGAGCAGGAUUCAGUGGCUCAAAUCCCAAAGGAUGCGUUCGGGAAGCCAGAUUCCCAAAUGCAAUACUCAGUGCCACAGCUGGAUAGUCUGAGCUCUGACGGACUGGACUCCGAUGUCCAGCUGCAGAUGCAGGAAAGGCUGGAAGAAGAAGUGCAGGAGUUAAUGAAGAUGCUAAAGGAUGUCGAAAAUCAAGCUCGCAGGGAACAGGUUCAGGAUUCAGAGAAGCAGCACUUGGAGGAGCUGCAUUAUUUUAUGGACCAGCCGCUGAAUUUGUCCUGUCGACGUCGUCCCUAUUGAAUUUACUUUAAAGAAACCAUGGUCUUUGGCAAAAAAGGCUUAGAAACGAAUGAAAAGGUUUUUUUUUUGUUUACCACUUGGUAUAUUUUUUAAAUGUAUUAAGGCAAUUAUGAACGCUCUAGAAAACUAUUAAUCGAAUCUAUUUGGGAUGUUAUGUUCAAAUUUUUCAAACUGUUAUGUAACCGUAUAGGAUAAGGUUAACGAAAUCGUUAUAUAGAAACCUAAAAUAUGUAUGUAUACAUAAAAUAUUAUGUUCAAAAAGGUUAAAUGCUCCGAUUAUAAAAGCACAACAACUAUAUCAUUACUUGACAUUAAUUUGACUACUAAAGUAAAACAAAAAUGUCAAUAAACUUUGUAAUAAACAAUUCUUACAUUUCCAAUA